UCAUAUUCUAAAUAUGUUUUUCUAAAACGAUCUGUGUAAAAAGGUGUGAAUGCAAAGAAUGUCCUUGUCACUGGAUCGUUUAUUUCUCUUACAUUUACCCCCUAUAAAGUAGCAGUGGUAUCGCCCGCUGCCCCGGAAACGCCGGCGACAGCAGGAGAAACCCCGGUGUGUAGCAAAGCAGGUGGAACUGAUUUGUCAGCCAAAGUGUAAAAAAUAGGUGUCCGCUUGGAGCAUCCAUCAGCGCCGCCUGACAGGCAUCAGCACAGCAUCAGUAACGCUGGACAAGCUCAAUCGCUUAGAUUUGAAUGGCCAAGGCAGCCAGAAGUACGCAGCGAAGCCUAUCAAAGGCUCUGUGAUGCCUGUGAAGAAAAAGAGGAAGCUCCCUGAUGCAGAGGAUCAUGAGCGCAAAUGUAAAAUUACAAGUUUCACCAGACCUCAGAUCCGGGGGGCGAGGCCGGUCAGCGGGGACAAGCUGUUCUCCAAUAAGAAGUGUCUGGCCUGGUUCCACGCGUACGCUGGCCCCGACAAGGUGGUGGGUCCGGAGGCCAUGGAGAGGUUCUGUGAAGACAUUGGUGUGGAACCAGAGAAUAUUAUCAUGUUAGUUUUAGCCUGGCAUCUAGAAGCAUCCAGUAUGGGCUUCUUCACAAAAGAGGAGUGGCUCAGGGGAAUGACGUUAUUACAGUGUGACUGCACAGAGAGGUUACAGGGCAAACUGGAUUACAUGCGCAACGAGCUUAACGAUUCUGCAGUCUUCAAAAACGUCUACAGAUACGCCUUUGACUUCGCCAGAGAUAAGGACCAGAGGAGUUUAGACAUGGAGACGGCUAAGUCCAUGCUGUCAUUGCUGCUGGCGACCACAUGGCCUCUCUUCCCCGUCUUCAGCCAGUUCCUGGAGCAGUCCAAGUACAAGGGGAUGAAUAAGGACCAGUGGUAUAACGUGCUGGAGUUCAGCCGAACCAUCAACACAGACCUCAGUAACUACGAUGAAGACGGAGCUUGGCCGGUGCUGCUAGACGAGUUUGUGGAAUGGAAGAAAUCCUGGUCAGCAUCGUAGCAGACAACGCAUCACAACACCAAAAAGAAGAUGGAGGGAGAGAAACAAAAACCACACCGUUAAAGAGAUCACACACACACACACGCGCACGCACACACACACACACACACACACACGGACUACAGCAUCCCCCUGUGUGGGGGCAAGCCUUUCUCUCAGUCGACUUUUAUAGUGUUCAUUUGGAGAAAAGAAAAUGUUCUUAAAAGAGGAAAGAUUUGGAAUUUAUGUUUUCUUGUUAACAUUUUAUUUUCCAUUUUGUGUCUUGUUUAUAGAUGUUUUCACAGUAAUAAAAUGGAAGUAUGAGGAGCUGCUUGUUGAUAAUUGACAGCUGUUUUAAUCACAUCUCUUUAUAAGUACAGGUAUGUUUUAACAGCUGUUUGCAGAGGUGUUCGAUCCAGUUGCAGGACUAACAAAGAUUCACAAAUAUGAUGACCUCCGACUCGACCAAGCACACAGCUCAAGAUUCUGUUCCUUGCAUCCUGAAUCAACUAAUGUUGAGCUGUGUUACAUGAACCUUUUUUAUAAAAGAUAAAUGUAAGAAAUGUUUUGACAAACAAAACUUUUCUAAUAAAAUUGAAAGGGAAAAGUUAA